AUGAAUGGCAACAGGUACAGAAACACCAGACGCCCUCCGUGGUCUCAAAGUAACAACAGCCAGCGUUGGCAGCCCCGUUCAAACGUGUCCAUUUUCGGCUACCGCCGUCAUGAGCUCAACGACAAGUCGCCGAGCACGUACCACAGGCAAGGCGCUUCUGAGGAAAGCGUAAAGUACAGUGAAGAUGACAAUGAAUUUGGUUUUCGUAGACAGCAACAGGACAACUUUCAAAGUCUGGAUUCCUACGACGCCGAUUCUGGAGCCGGCAAGCGAGCAUUCCCCGCGUCGCGUAGCGUCGGCAGGCACGUCGUGGAGCAGCCGGGCUAUGAGGUUCACGAUUUGAUGAAAGCUGCGUUCGACACCGACUUUCGUUUUUCUUCCCGCCCACAUCAGUCCGAAGAAAGACACAACCACGAUUCUAACUGGAAUCCCUAUCGGGCGGUGUCUGCCACAGCAGCGCAACAGAAGCAGCCGCAGCCAAUAUUGAAGAACAAAACCUCCAACCCGUGGAAGGCGCAAGAGUGCAGCACUGGAAACAUCGCCGGCCGCGACGCCGCACCAGUGCAAGUUCACCAAUCGAGGAAAGCGAAUGUUGACAGUUCCAUUUUUGAUGACUGCGCGGGCAGCCCAAGUCCGCGCAGACCACCCUCAAGAGCACCACCUCAGUGCCCCAGCAACGCGACUGUUAACAGUCCCGUCUCAAGAGGACUGCUACCUACGCCCGACCGCUCGCCGAUUCCCCUUCGUCCGCGUACUCCGAAUCCUACUCGGCCGCGAACUCCAAAUCCCGUUCGGCCGCGAACUCCCAAUCCCGUUCGGCCUCACACGCCAGCUAGGAUCACUUGUCCGGACGAACCUGCCGUCUGGGAAACGCCGCCAUGCGAUGUGGGAACUCGAGGUUAUUUCGAGUCGUUGAAGCAUCGCGAACAAGAGAAAAACCUAUUUGGUAGGAAUGAUGUACCACAGAGCAGUUUCAGAGUGGACUGUCCGACUGUGAACUGUGCCCGGCAGUCACCCCCCCGCGAACUGAAUUUUACAAUUUCGGGCUCCGACGAGACACUCACAUUUACGGACUUUCGCAUCAAGAACGAUGGAGUUUGCAGCCGUUUCCUCGGCAAUGACAGUGGCCCCGAAAAUGUUCCCUCCAUUGGCUUUCAGGGAACAUGGAGAGGAAGAGGGCCAGAGGGAAACAAGAUGAGUAGUAGUUCAAGGAACUUUGUAACUGGCCAGGAGUCCCAGGCAAACAAAGUGAGAAGCAGUACACGGAACUUUGUAGCUUGCCAGGAGUCCGAGGUGAAUGGUGUUACUUUUGAAGCAAGGCAUGAACAAGCUCCAGGUCGUGUGGCUGCCAAGAGGCAGAACAUCGGUGAUGCCCGCCUCAUCCUUGACAAGAAAAGAAAGUCUACCUUUGAAGAAGAUAGCGAAGAAAACACAGAAUCAUCUCAGCAACAGCCUGCCAACAAAGCAGCUUCUGCCCCGACUCGGUUCCCUAGUCAGAAGGUCAUGAAGGAGAGUGUGCAACACAACACAAGGCUCUGGGUUGAAAGUCAUUUCUCGGAGAGUGAUCCUGCUAUAACGCAUGCACCUGACAUCCAUGAAGUUGAUGAGAGCAAGCUCUUGCCAACGGGCAUACAACCAGAAGCUAUCAGCUAUGUCGUUUUCUUGGACAUAGAUAAGAGGAGCUGCUUUGAGGAAGUCAAACAGCCAUUCUUGCCUGGCACGCUAUUGUACCUGUUCUACGGUGACCCCUCAGUGCUGCUGCCCACGAGGGAGCAUCCGUUCUACAAGGAUAACCGGGGCAGCUGGGCCCACUUCUAUCCGGACUGCGGCACCGAGUACGGCUCCUACCUGGUGGCUGCACCAGCCGUGAUUACUUGGAUGGACCAGAAGCUGCCUCAAAAAGUCAAGUUUCUGGUUCAUGGGCACCGGAAACUGCUGCACUUGGACAACCUCUUGAGGAAGGUCAUCUACUACCCAACAUCAAGGACGCUGGACGUGCAGCUGCUGAACAGAAUGCUGAAAGGAGACUUUGAUUCUGCAAAUCGUCCCAACACCGCCCCAGCACCUGCGGCAAUCAAAACUAUUGUCAUCAGGAGUGCGGCUGCACCACUAGGAGGCAAUCCCUUGCCCGCACAAGCCACAAAGAACAUUCCGGUUCAUUCCCCACGCUCACAGACUCCAGGUAGCAGCCACAACAUUGAUGUUCAGCCCAGAACGCCAGUCAAAUCGCCAACGGCAUCCCGAAAACGCAUGCCCAUCCUAGCUCCCGGGCAGUCACCUCCAAAGCCGCCCAAGAAACCUCCACGGCAGAAAGUGCUGUGGGACCUAUAGUUGUGCUCAUUUGGUGCCUUACUCAAUCAUUUCCCAUAGUCAUCACAAUUGUACCAAUUGUACCAUCACAAUUGUACUUUGCCUUGCAAAGUUUUCUAGCCUACAAACUUUGGAGAGACACCUCAUAUGUAUAUGGACCAUCAUGUUCCCGUGCCAUUGAUAAACCAUUGUUCAGUGUUUUACAUACCAGCUAAGACGCUGGAGGUAUUGUGUAAUUUAUUCAUGCAGGGUAACGUUAACCUCUGCACAAAUCAUACCUCAAGUGUCUUUCUUUUCACUUGUCAUUACUUGUUCUGUUACCGUUCUGUGAUAGCCACACCAUGAAGUACAUGGAGAUGCUUUUCCUCUUUUUCAGAGAAAUAUAAGCAAGUUUUUGUUAUAAUUAUAUUGUGCAUUCAAAAGCACGCAAGAUGCUGUAAUUGUGGCCUACCGUUUCUCGGUAUAAUGUUAAAUGAUGGCCAUACACUAAAAGCCUAUUUCUGUGGACAGUGCCAUGAAGCGCAUGGAAAUGUUUGUCCUGUUUCUGACGAAAUACAUGGGAAUUUCUUUUCUAUA